UCUCCCUGAGCAGAAACGGAGGCCAGGGAAAAGGACAAAUUCAAUUCUUACGUAAGCUUUUCCAAUUUUCUACUUUUCUUCUUCUCUCUUUAUUUUUAUUUUUUUUGUUUUGAAUUUAAUUUUUCUGUGUUGAAAAUUAAUCGUUUUUGGGGGAAUAGAUGUAGAAUAGAACAAGAAACGUACUUUCAGUUGUAUUUGCCUUUCUCUCUCUCUCUCUCUCUGAUGAUGAUGUGGGGUUGGUCCCUUAUCAUCCCCUGCCUCGUCUGACAUUCCUGCUCCCCCCUCCUCCUCCUCCUCCUCCUCCUCCUCCUCUGUCUUUCCUGCUUCUGGCCUCUCGACAAACCCUGAGCCUCCUCUGCCCUGCUCCAGCUUCAGCUUCAAAUUCAUGGUUAUAUAGCAAAAGAUUCUCCUUUUACCAGAGGUUUCACUUUGAAAAGAAAGAUUAUGGGAAGCAGAGAGGAUGAUUCUGUUAGGGAGAAUGUGGGCCCUUGCCACGAUUGCCCAGUUCCACAGGUUCGCAGCUCCCCUGAGAUCACCGAAGAAGCACCACAUGAAGAACACCGAGGAAGGAAUGAGCUCGCCUUAGAGAUAUCUGCACGAGUACUGGAGUAUGCUAGAGAUGAUGACACCGUGAGAAUAGAUAUGCCUUCAACACCAUGUCUCACUCCCAAGAGAGUCAACUUUUCCCCUUUACCCAGUCCAAGAUACGCCAAAAUCGGAGAACCUUCUUCCCCCUCACUAUCAAAUAACCGCAGAGCAACAGUGAAGAACCUUCUUCCGAAGCUAAGUUUCAAGUUUCGGAAUACUAUUAGUGCUGCUGACCUUGAGAAGACUGCAAUGUUAGCUUUAGGAAUGGGAGGCUCGCCUUCGGGGACGAGAGAUAGUAAGCCACAGAUCUCGAGAAGUUUCUCUCUAUCCAAACUUUUUCAGUCAAGAAUAAAGUCAUCCUUGUCAUUGCCUGUCACCCCGAUUGCUCGCUCUAAUCCCGAGUCUAUGCAUGGAGAGAACAGUACUGAACCCAAAGUUGAAGCCAACUCACUGAUUCACCGGUCUCAUUCUGUCCCUGAGCUCAUUAAAGAUGGAAGCACAAGGCCAAUGGACGUUGUGGGAAAUGUGUUCAGGGUAGUUCCAAGUACUCCCAGAGUGCCUCGAGAUGCUGGAACUGCAACACCAAGCCCAUCUCCUGUGGUCGUUCCCGAUGGAUCUCAUCACAAUGAUGGAGAGGACAUUCCCGAAGAAGAGGCUGUCUGUCGUAUCUGCCUGAUUGAACUUGGGGAAGGAGCCGAUACCCUCAAGAUGGAGUGCAGCUGCAAAGGUGACCUAGCACUUGCCCAUCAAGAGUGUGCAGUGAAGUGGUUCAGCAUCAAAGGUAACAAGAUAUGUGAUGUUUGCAAGCAGGAAGUUCAGAACCUUCCUGUCACUCUUUUAAGGAUACAAAAUCGGCAGGCUUCACGAGCAAAUGGAGCUCAACAAGCUGGGUCUCCUCAAUAUAGGGUCUGGCAGGAUGUUCCGGUUCUCGUGAUUGUCAGCAUGCUUGCUUACUUUUGUUUUCUGGAGCAACUUCUGGUGGGAAAAAUGGGCUCUGGUGCAAUUGCAAUCUCUCUUCCAUUUUCCUGCAUUCUGGGCAUUCUCGCGUCCAUGACUUCAACCACCAUGGUGCGGAAGAAGUUUGUUUGGCUUUACGCAACCUUCCAGUUCGUACUUGUGGUUCUCUCUGCACAUCUAUUUUAUUCACUCCUUCACAUACAGGCGGUUCUGUCGGUUCUGCUAGCUACAUUUAGUGGCUUCGGGGUGACGAUGUGUGGAACUUCAAUCUUGAACGAGCUCUUGAGAUGGAGGAGAAGGUUGCUUGUUUGGUUGGCCCAAAGGCGUAAUUCUCAAGGUGCAGCUGCGCAGCCAUCUCAACCCCCUGAUCAAUUGCCUUCAAAUGAUGCUCAAGCACCACCGCCUUCAGAUGAGGCUCAAGUGUCGCCACCCCAGAAUCAGGAAGCUCGAGCCGGGGAGGUUGAGACUCAACAGCGCACCGCAGAGAGGCAUGAUUGAACUUACAUUGGCACGGGCAAAUACAGGAGGAGCUGGCGUUCUUGUGGAUUUAUUGUACUUAGUCAUACAGUACAUAUAUAUAUAUAUAUAUUUUUUUUUGUGUGUGUGUGAGUGUGUGUAUAUGAACCCAUUUUCUGUGAUUGCUUAGGGGGGCCGUAGGGCGCCAUACUGCCUAGGGAAGAAUUUUCCGUCGAUCUUUCUGUAUUUUCUUCUGUAUUUAUGGUCACAUCUGCUUGUUUGAAAAACACUUCGGAAAGUUGCUUUGGAUUUUCUUGUUAUCAAUGAACGUAAAAAGCUUGCUUACAUGAAACAUUUCCAAA